AUGGAUAAAGCCACUCCCUCCCCCGCGCAAGGCGUUGGCCCCAUCUACAGGCCCGAUGGCGAAAAGCCCACAGCGACAGUAUCUAAAGACAUAUCGUACGAGAAUGUCCACGUUUUACCUCAGUCCCCUCAGCUGAUCGCUCUUUUGACCAUGAUCAGAGAUAGAAGGACUAGCCGUGCCGAUUUCAUCUUCUACUCAAACAGGAUCAUACGCCUCCUGGUGGAGGAGGGGCUCAAUCACCUGCCAGUGGUUGAACAAUCGGUCACGACACCUGUAGGUCGCGUCUAUCUUGGAGUCCGGUUCGAAGGGAAAAUAUGCGGCGUUUCCAUCAUGAGAGCAGGAGAGGCGAUGGAGCAGGGUUUGAGAGAUUGUUGUCGUUCUGUCCGAAUCGGAAAAAUCCUUAUACAGAGGGACGAGGAAACUUGCAAGCCAAAACUGUUCUAUGAAAAGCUCCCUGGUGACAUCGCAAAUCGAUGGGUGCUUCUUCUUGAUCCUAUGUUUGCAACAGGGGGCUCUGCAACACUUGCCGUUGAGGUCUUGAAAGCAAAGGGGGUCCCGGAGGACCGCAUUUUGUUUCUUAACCUUAUCGCAAGCCCUUCAGGCGUUGCAGAUUUUGCUGAACGCUUUCCAAAACUCAGAGUAGUGACUGCUUUCAUAGAUCAAGGCCUAGAUGACAAAAAAUACAUCAUACCAGGGCUUGGUGACUUCGGCGACCGCUAUUACACGCUGUAG